UUUGUUAUGCGUAGUUAUUCUAUGACGUAAUACUCACUAAAACGAAGUUUUCACUGCUCCUGAAGUGAUGAAAUAUAAAUAAACACAAAAUCUAAGGUUGGUCAUUUACAGUUUAUAUUAUAAGACAUGUAUUCACGAUGUAUUUGUAAUAUAUGCAUUUGCGGAAAGCAUCACUGUAAGCUAAGAUCAUCUAUUUUCCCGUCUGGAGAGGCAAAAGGUAACAUAACAGAAUACACCUCAAAAUAUACCGAACAUGAAGGAGAUCCAGUUAAAUCUUUCAAACCAAAAUAUCCUCCUAUGCCCGAUGGAAAAAUGGAUGGUAAAACUAUCCAUAAUACUGAUUUCCAACCGCAUUGCAUAGAGAAACCACGGAGACAUAUUCAAAAACCUUGGAUAAAACCUUCUGGAGAAGUGGCAAACCUCACUUCCUACAGGAAAGAUUAUACACAAAAAGACGUUCCACUUACUGGUCUAAUAAGACAGGUCAGUCGACCGAUUACCUCUGGGAAAUUCUGCGGAGAUCCAACUUAUAAAACAGAUUAUAAACAAUGGGACCUUGGCCCCAAAUUUCAGCAUGCAGUGAAAUCGUGGCAAAAACCAACGGAGAAAAUGCUUGGCGAAUCAACUUGCAUGAGAGAUUAUAUCUACAGAGAAGGAAAACCAGCGGUCUGUUACAGACAGAAAAGUCCGGAUCUUACAAAGGAACCACUUUCUAAUAUGACAAAUUAUCGUGAUAUUUAUAUAGAACAUCCGUUACCUACUAUGGUUAAGAAAGAAACUAGUCAAUAUAAGCGACCUGAAGUCCCGAUAGAUUCGUUAACUGUUACUAUGAGAGACUACCAAGGACAUUCAGCAAACCGCCCGCAAAACUAUGGUCCUGAUAAAACACCUUAUCAAACUACAACACCUUUUGAAGACAGAACUACAUUCAAAGAUGAUUAUCUGGAAUGGCCUACAACCAAACCAAAAUUACAUGAGUACCCGAAGUACAAAGAACCUGAAAGUAAAAUAGACUUUGUCACAAGUCACAAUCAAGCUUAUCGCAAGUUACCAUUAGUACCCACCGAGACCUGCCGACCAAAGACUGUGAAACUAUUCCCCGAUGUAUUUUCUGGAAAUACUGUUUACAAAUCAGACUACAAACCGUGGGAAAUAACGCGUGGCCCUUUGAGAAAGGAAAAUACGUAUGUAGUCAAUGACAAUCCUUUUAAAGGUAUUUCAGCAACCAAAGCAGAUUAUGUACCAUUCCCGUUUCAAAAAACUGAAUGUUUCCGACGAGAUGACUCAUUAAAGAUAGGAAAUGAACCAUUUGAUGAUGGGACACUGUACAGAAACGAAUACAUAUACAAGGAACCAGUGGUAUGUCCUGUUCCACUUUUAGGAACAAAAGAUGCACCUUUACAGUUCGAUAAAAUAUUAGAUACGGGACAUGUACUUUACAAACCUAUUUCUGCAGCGUAAGUUUAUCACAGGAAUACAGUGAAUUCGUACGAUUAAUUUAUCUGAUUUCAUUGCCAUUAGAGAAUUCUAACUUUGAUACUUAUUGUAAUUUUUAUUUAAUCUCACAUAAAUUCCAUGUA